ACAUCACAAACUAACCAGAGAAAGGCGGAUGUCUUGGACGUGAUCAGAGCCCGUAAUUUUGGACGGACAGGCCCGAAUCCGUCCAGUGUGUUCCUGCUUUCUGUCAGAACCAGUGGGGAGAAGGAACAGGUCGGGCCGGUACAUUGACCCUGACCCUGCCAGAUUGCACAUUGAUCUCUACAGUAAAGACACAUCAGACGCCCGAGUGUCACCAUGCAUUCUUCCACAACAUAUGCAGCCCUGCUCUGUCUGCUUGCUGGGGCAGCGACAGCCAUUCAGACCCCUCAGACAGUGUUUCUGGAGAAGCAGCAGGCCACCUCGCUGAUCUCCCGUCAGAAGAGAAAUGCCGGACCGUCGACCUUGGAGCAGGCUUGCAUGGAGAAGGUGUGCACCUAUGAAGAAGCCAGGAAGUAUUUCCAGGACUCAUACCGCACGGACAUCUUCUGGUCUGUCUACAUCGAUGGAGACCAGUGUGCUGAAAACCCCUGCAUGAAUGGAGCCAUGUGUUCAGACAGUGUUGGAGGCUACGACUGCGUCUGCAAGUCAGGUUUCACAGGGGUCCACUGUGAAAAAGAUGAGACUCUUUGCACACUGGAAAAGCACAAAGGAUGCUCACAGUUUUGUAAACCAGGGUACACGUCCUACCAGUGUUCCUGUGCCCGUGGGUGGAAGCUCAAAGAGAAGACCAAGUGUGAGCCUGCAGUCAGAAACCCCUGUGGUCAGCUGAACAAACUGUCUCAGUGGAAGAACAGACAGUCAAGAAUUGCUACCAGUAACUUUGAAGGACUUCCUUGUGCUUCAGCCGAGUGUCCUUGGCAGGCUCUCCUGAAGAGUCCAGAGUCUGAAGGCUACUGUAGUGGAGUAAUUCUGAAGGAGAACCUGGUCUUGACUUCAGCCCAGUGUGCCAUGAAAUAUACCUCCUUCCAGGUGGCAGUUGGAAAGCGCAGCACAAACUAUGAAGAGGGAGAGCAGAUCCUGUAUAUGAAGCUAGUUCACCCCCACCCUCGUUACAUGAGAGACCGUCCUGAAAAUGACCUUGCUGUGAUCGAGCUUCGCGACCGCAUAGUCUUUAAGCCACACAUCGUCGCAGCCUGUCUGCCAGAGAAAGACUUCGCUGAGAGCAUCUUAAUGUCUGGAGAUUUCCCGGCUGUUGUCACCGGCUGGAAAGAACCCACGCAGGUGUCCGGGUUCCAGGGGCCGCUCACUGUUAACCAACUGCAGUUCAGCACUCCGCCUAAGUGCAGGGAGACGUACUCCAACCUGAUGACCAAUAAAAUGGGCUGCACCACUGCUCGAGCCAAUGCCGACUGCAACAUGGGCUCCGGCAGCCCCUUGCUUACUCUGUACAGAGAUGUGUUGUUUCUCACAGGGGUGGUGAGCCAACCAGAUGGGGCUGACUGCACCAAAGGGUACAUCUUCCAAAAAGUGUCGCGCCACCUCAGCUGGCUGCAGACACUCAUGGAUUCACGUUAGAAUGGUGAAGUGAGGUAACAGAUCAAGCUCGAUUAUAAAUUUUGAAUUAUGCAGGUAAAUAUAUACUAAAAAAGAGAAUCUGUUGAAUAUCUUUCUUUCGUUUAAAUUUAGUCGUCAUAAGCUUCUGUGUGUGUGUUCUUUUUUUAAAUAUCCAUGACAAAAUAAACACUGGUUAAUGUCUGAUUUCUUCCCUGUCUGCACUUCACCUUUUAUCCACAAGGUGGCUCUCUGUUAACGUCAAUAGGAAGCUUUGUUCUUGCAUGUGUCAAAUACUCAUUGGCAGUAAGACCUGUGAAUUAUUCAGCAUGAUUGUGAUGUGAACAUACCUUCCUGUACUAUUAAAGCUAUGUUAUGUCUGCAACAAUGUAAUAGUUAACAUGCACCUUAAAUGACUCCUGGUAAUCAUGGUUUCAUGAAUGUAAUAAACCAGAAAACCCAAA